AUGCUGAUUGAUGGCGAGAAGUGGGCUUGUGAAGCUUGCGUUCGGGGUCACCGAGUCAGCAGCUGUCACCACAGCGAUCGAACUCUGAUCCAUGUCAACAAAAAAGGCCGUCCAGUCUCCCAGUGUCCCCACUGCCGUGGCCUGCGCAAGUCGAGGACAACCCACGCGAAAUGUGACUGUGGUGACAAGAAAAAGGACCACAGUGGUGUCGACGGCACUCUCGCCGCUGGCGAGCAUGCUGAAGCAAACUGUCGUUGCAUGCAUGGCCAGCGCUGCAGCUGCGCGUUGAAGAAGGAUCACCUCGACCCUGUUCCCGAGACCGGACUCCCUCCACUACCUCAUCCUGCUGCUGCCGAUCUGCGCAAACCACGUCUUACGUCUACGAAGUCUGAGAGUACCUUGACUAUAUUCCGUGACGGUCACCACAAGCCAGCGCAUAAACACAACGACAUGGCUCAUAAGUGCGGUCUCCCUUACACUAUCCCGCGAUCUCACUCGAUUCACGGAACAUCCGAACUUGCUCAACGCUCUGCCGAUCAUCUUCCGCUGGCUCUCAAUAAUGACGCAGUUGACACGUCGUACUUUAGCUAUCCGACUGAAUUCGAUUCUUUGCCUGCGCGCCGACGGGUCAAGUCAGAACAUGGAUCUCCUGAUCUCGUAGCCAUACCGGCACCGGACCAGAAUGCAGUCCCACCUCUUGACUUGGCGUUUGAUGCGGGAAUUACAGCUGAACCUUUGAAUCAGUUCAUGAUCCCGGAUCAAUUUCAGGAGGGUCCAUUCGCAGAGGGAUUGUUUGCAUCGCCUGAUACGGAAUAUCCCAUUUCUACUGGCGCUUUCAAUGCCCCAGCCGUUGACUGGUCAAGUUUCCCGCUUCCUAGUGCCGGACUGUCUACCAGUGUCAGCCAGGCGCCAUCGUACGCCAGCUAUGAUCUGAACAACGUCAGCAACCCGAGCUACCCUGGUCUUACCGGUUCCUCGUCGGGAGAUGCUUCGGAAGUGGACGACUUUGGAACGAAGCCUAGUUUGGGAGGCUCUGGUCAUGAUAUCUACGACUUGCACAGUCUCAGCGAUGGGUCGGAUGUUGACCAAUAUCGUAUCAGUUCCGCCUCGUCAUUUGCGGGACUGCCUCAAGCUCGGCUGCUCUCUUCCAAUAACUUGGAGUCUAUCGACAUCGAUGAGUAUAUCAGAUCGGCGAAUGCAUCCACAGCUGCGCUUGAGCAACAGCUCCAAGCUACCAUGGCCAUGGAAACGAAAGCAAUUGCUACAUCGCCACAGGGGUAUGCCAUUUCCCACUCGCAAGCUUCUUAUCCGUCCACGGAAUCCACACAGACCGUGUCAUUGGACGCAAGCCAGGCUAGCAUGACCGACAUGCUAUGGGCUUCCAGCCUCUUCGAUAAUUCUCUGCCUACUUCAAUGCCCUCGGCCACCUCUGCCGCUGCUGAAGAUCCCUUCACGCAGCCUCCUUGGGCAGAAUAA